UUGUUGUUUUUGUUUUUGUUUGUUUCUUCGUUUGCAGCAGCCGGCUGCUGUCAAAGAGGUGUUUAUUUCAUUGUGAUUUCUCCUCGAAUCAAUGGAUCCGAGUGAAGUGGAGUUCAUAGCAGAGAAGGAACGAGUUAGCAUCGUUCCCAACUUCAACAACGCCACUGUCCAUCUUAUCUCUGGAGAUGUGGGACCAUUUCGGGCGGGUCUACCUGUGAACGUGCCAGUGUGGAUGGCACUUAACCUCAGACAGAGACAAAAGUGUCGAAUUCUCGCACCGGACUGGCUCGACGUCGAUAAAUUAGAAGCUUUGAAAGAAGAAGAGAAAGCCAGCAAGUAUUUUACUAAAAUGCCAAGUGAGCACUACAUGGUUGUGGCCCAACUCAUUUUAUCAGCAGUCGAGGAUGACAUUCCCAGAAUAGAAGAAAUCCGAAUGGCUGUCAAGAAUCUUUGGGAUGUAAGGAUAUCCAAGCUGAGAUCAUCUGUUGAUACGUUCAUUAAGAGUGGUGGGUCACAUGCUCGUCUAGAUUAUCUUACAACUAUGGAAAUCAACAGUGUCAGACCACUCCUGCCCCAUGCUCUUGAUUUCAUCGAUCGUCUGAACAAAGCUUCUGAGGGUGCACCUCGUCGUGAUUUGAGUCAAGACUGAGAAGCAACAUCACAAUGGUCAUCGGAGUUACAUUUUUGAAUUCUUCAGUACCAUCUCCAUAUCUCCAAACCUUUUGUUAUUUUUCUAGAAAAGAGCAUGGAGUGUGCUGUGUAUAUUGACAAAUGUUGAUUAUUGUAAAGUUUCUCGCAAAAAGUACCUUGAAAGCUGUGAUAUCAGACAGUUUCUUUAAUGUUUUGCUGUCAAAGGUUAUUGUGGAACACAUGUUUUUUGUAGUUAAAAUAAAUUCCCAAUAAUUUCA